UAAAUGUAUUCAGACAUGAUUCUGUGUGAACCUGAUACAUUUUAUAAGACAGCAGAAAGGUGUAUGUGUGGAGAUUAUUUUUUAUUUUAUUUUAUUUUUUGUUGCUCCUUCCCCUAAAUAAAGCCCCUAAAUAAAAACCUCAAGGACCAAACUAACUGUGUUUGAUUCUGUGCAGUAGCUCUCCACUUUUGACGCACGUUGUAACGUCUGCUUGAAGCGCAGAGCCCACACUGUGUGUGAGUGACAAGCCAAGGCUCCACGGCCGCCCACUCACAGACAAGCUUGGGUGACUCUUUAAUUGUGUAAUGUUCAUUGACGAGUCAGCACAAUGCUGCUGUGAGACCGCGGAGGCGCACUUAACCACCGGAGCAGAGCGAUGAAAUGCUCCCAUCGAGGAGGACACAGAUGGACAGCCUCGUUCAGCCGCUCGUCGCCCAGUACCUCGCCAUGGGAUGUCAAUCAAAAGAGAACAACCAAAACGAAAGUGUAACGUCGGACGAAAAGGGAAAGGACGAUGCCAGGGUGACUCCAGGAUGCAGCUCCAGGUCUAGAGUUUCUCCCCCAGGCCGUCCUCACAGGUUCCACAAACCUAGCCCGGCCCAAACAGCCAUGAAAUCUGUGAUGUCCCUGGGACACCUCACCAAGGGGGCGAGCUGGGAGGAGCUCAUCCAGGCCUGCUUGCAGUGCUUCGACUCGGAUGGUUGUGUAUGUGGGAGUAGCCACCUGUUGAACAUCAGCCUGACCAUGCACCGUCUCCUCAUCUCCUCCAGUGAUCUGCUGGACAAACUCAUCACUCUGUUUAAACUAGCGCUUGACAACGAGCAGCCAACAGAGUGCCAGAGGAUAUGCUACUUUAUCAGGCAUUGGAUCCAGGAAUUCUGGGUGAUGUUCCGGUUGCACCACAGCUUGUCGGACAGUCUGGAACAGUUUCGGGAACUCAUCAGAGAGCAAGGACAGGAGGAUCUUUGCUCUCUCCUAGAGACCAAAUGGAUAAAUGAACGGGACUGGUCGUGGAAGGCCAGCCAGAAGAUCAAAGCUAACUGCAGUAAAAAAAGGAAGGUCUCUCUGCUUUUUGAUCACCUGGAGCCCAUUGAGCUGGCUGAGCAUCUCACCUACUUGGAAUUCAAGUCCUUCUGCAGAAUAUCAUUUGUAGACUAUCAGAAUUACAUUCGCAGCUGCUGCAUGAAGGACAUCCCUGUGAUGGAGCGUUCCAUCGCCCUGUGUAAUGGUAUCUCCCAGUGGGUUCAACUGAUGGUGCUGAGCAGGCCAACCGCUCAGCUGAGAGCUGAGGUUUUCACCAAGUUUAUCCACGUGGCCAAGAGUCUACAUCUUAUGCACAAUUACAACACACUAAUGGCGGUGGUGGGAGGGCUAUGUCACAGCUCGAUCUCUAGACUGAAGGACACCACCUCACAUGUACCCAGUGAGGUCACCAAGAUGCUGAAUGAGAUGACAGACCUGUUGUCCUCCUGCAGAAACUAUGACAACUAUAGACAAGCUUACAAUAAGUGUACAGGUUUUAAAAUCCCUAUCCUGGGGGUCCACCUCAAAGACCUGAUUUCGGUCAAUGAGGCCAUGUCAGACUAUGUGGAGGACAACAAAGUGAACGUCCAGAAGCUUCAAGCACUCUAUAGCCACAUUAAUGAGCUGAUCCAGCUUCAGCAGAUCCCCCCCAAACUGGAUGCUAACAAGGACCUGGUCCAUCUACUGACGCUGUCCUUGGACCUUUACUACACAGAGGAUGAGAUCUACGAACUUUCUUACACCAGGGAACCCAAGAACUGUAAAGCACCUCCAGCCACCCCCUCUAGACCUCCAGUGGUUGUGGACUGGGCAUCAGGAGUGGCUCCUAAACCUGACCCCCGAACCAUCAGCAAACAUGUGCAGAGAAUGGUGGAUUCUGUGUUUAAGAACUACGAUCACGACGAGAACGGCUUCAUUUCUCAAGGGGAAUUUGAGAAAAUUGCUGCUAGCUUUCCGUUUUCCUUCUGUGUCAUGGACAAAGAGAAGGAGGGCCAUGUCAGCAGAGAGGAAAUUACAGCCUAUUUCAUGAGGGCCAGUGUCAUCUGCUCCAAACUGGGCCUUGGCUUUGUCCAUAACUUCCAGGAGACCACUUACAUGAAACCCACCUUCUGUGACAACUGCUCAGGAUUUUUGUGGGGUGUCAUCAAACAAGGCUACAGAUGCAAAGACUGCGGGAUGAACUGCCACAAGCUGUGCAAAGACCAGGUGGCAUUUGAGUGCAAGAAGAACACCAAAGUGACCAACGCCAUUGACAGUCCGACACCGAGCUCCACACCUGUCAGCAUGGUCACCUCGGAGGGUUCAGAAGAAUGUCCUUUCCCCUACCCACCAGAUGACACCAAAGACUGGAGCCCAGACUCCCCGGUCACCCCCUCUCUGAGGCCUCUCAGAGUCCAUAGUGGUACCCAGACAGAGGGACCCCAGCAUUGCUCUGCAGCCCUGGAGGCCAGCCGCCUUCAGCCGUCUCUGCUGGUUCCAGCAGCACCCACCCUCACUUCGUGUCCGAGCCCCGUGCCCCAGAGAAAACAGCGACACUGCGCCAAGUGGGAAAACCGAGUGUCUGUUGUGUAUAAGGAACCAGAAGAGGAGAACAAACCCACAUAUGAAUCUCUGGAAUCAGAUAACCAGAAGCUACAGAAAACCAAUGAGACACUACGUAAGAAGCUGAGGGAGACAGAGCGUGAGGUGGACAUGCUAAAGACACUUCUGAAAAGGCACGCUCUCCACCCUGUGGAGGAGGACUCCUCCUCUUAGACACAUAUGUACACUGGACCGUCCUCAAAAGGGAAAGCUGCCCCCGUUUGGCAGAACGAAUAAAUCUGGAUCCAAUGCUCAACCUGUUGGUCAAGUAUUUCACCAAUAUAAAGAGACCCAGGCAAUUUGGCAUCACAUGGUAUUAAGUGGGAUACAAAGCCAGUGUUUAAAUGCUAAUGGUACACAGUCAAUCAAAGAAUCGCUAUGUCACCAGUAAUGAGGUUAAGGAAGGUUUUGAGUUAUGUAUGGAUUUUUAGUAGCUACAGUACAGAAAAAGAAGUAAGAAAGCCAAUUAGGCUGCGGUGGUAUAUUUGAAGUGAGCACAAAGAGCCUCUUUACAGUAUUGUACCAUUCACAGAUGAAUGAAAAUCAUCGCAACGAGCAUUACUCACUUUAUGUAGUGAACCAUUAGGAGGAGUUGGAGUUGGAGUUUCCCGCGUCGGAGGUAUGUAAACAUGAAAAAAUAUUGACUGAAGUGAAAUGAGUGAAAAUAUAGCACAAUGUGUUUGAUCGAUUCUUGAUCAAGAUUAGAUAUUUAUGUUAAACAUAAAAUGGAAAUCAGAGGCUGCAGAUUUUAAAAUAAGAUGUUUAUUGUGUAUAUGACAGGUGCAUUAUCAUUAUUAUCAUUAUUAUUAUUAUUAUUGUUAUGAUUAAAGGUGAGGGGUGACUGAUUACAGCAGCAGACCGAAGGUUGGAGGCCUCACUGUUGUUGCUCUGCAUCAUCAUCUCUGUUCAUAUCAAUGCACACGACAUUUUCAGUGCUUGUGUUAAUAUUUAUUGUUUCAAACACUAUACAGUUCAUAUAGAGAGUGACUUAAAUGAACAUUGUGUACAGCAUACUGGUACUUUCAGUGAAUUAUUUAUGCUCGUUGGCAUCAUAGUGAUCCUUUUUAUUUUUUAUCGUGCAGCCGUGUCAUGUUUUGUUAUUGAGUUGUGCAUUGUAAGCCAGUGUUGUAUUGUGAAUGGGAGUCAAGACGCACGUGUUUGUAAUGUGUGUAAUGUACUGUAAAUAUAAAGUAUACACAGUGCCAUAUUAAGUCAAGGUUUAUCCUUUCUCUCAGUAUUGUUCUCUUAUUGUUAUAAUAAAUAAUGUAAAUUCCACAUAA